AAAAAUACAUGCAGAUUAAGAAUGUAGAUUCUCCUGAUUUUUUAGUAGCUGAAAUUUUGAGUCAUAGUUUUCUGUAUAAAUAUCAUAUGUUCGGUAAUUUUAAUCAGGAGACCUGUUAUGACUCAUAAAAGAAUGUUUAAUUUUAUGAUUUUAUUAUUAUGUGUUGUAAGCAUGCUGCAGUUUAAUGCAUCAUUGCAUCAUUUACUUUUACCAGCAUAUAAAGCAGAUUAAGUUAAGUUUUAACUAUUAGAGGUUAUUGAAUUGAAAAACUUUGCACCAAACUGUUGUAUGCGUGGCUACUAUGUGUUGAAUGGUUUGUGGUUUUAAAGUGAACAUUGGUUACAAAUGUGAAGUGGUUUAAAGUUUCACAAAUAGUAGAUAUUUUAUAUUUAUUUAUGUUUUAGUUUAUCGGCAAUAUUAUUUAAAACCUUAAAUUUUAGAAAGCAGGUAACAUUGGAAAAAUAUUUCAGCAAUUUCUAUUGACAAUGGGAAUUAUCUACAAAUAACAACAAAAUACUGAUUAAUAUUAUUUAUUCUAAUUAUCAUGUUUGACCUUGUUGUUUAUGUUUGUUGUCAUGCAAAACCUAAUUACGUCAUUCCGUUGUAACUUAUAACUGUCCCCAUUUACUAAUGAAUCUUGCAAGUGUUAAAUUGUGAAGAAUUUAUAAUUUUUACCAAAUAUGUUUAUAAUUAGUUGUAUAUUUUUGUCUAUGUUGAUAUUCGUUAGUUUUCCCGUAUACCCUUUGUAGUUGUUUCAUUUCACAUUUACACAUAGUGGCAAUUUAUACAGCAUUGUUGCAAUGUUUAUUAUAUUACGUUGUGUAAAUAUUGUGGUAAAUAUUAUAUGUGCACCAAACGCUGUGGAGUAUGCCAAUGUUAAUUAGGUGUUUAUAAUUGAACAGCUGGCUUGAGAGUAAAAUAAGGGGAUGUUUCAACUUAUACAAUAAAUACCUGUUUGUUUUUUAGUUCCAUAAAAAUAUUGCUGUACAGUUUAUUGUAAUAAAGAUAAGAUGAGUGAAUCGAAAGGAAUUCCCAUCCGCCAUAUAAGGUUGAACCAUUUAUCUGAGCUCCCCAAUGAUUACGGUACGACACCCGGUGGAACGUUCUACUCAACAACACCAGGAGGCACAAGGAUUAUUUACGAUCGGUCGUUUUUAUUGAAAUGUCGCUCGUCACCGAUGGCUAACACUCCCCCAAGCAACUUGCCCGACAUCCCGGGGGUAACGAGCCCCGAUAAGUCGCCAACACGACAAAUUACCAAGAUAAAAGAAGAAGAAGAAAUUGCCAACAAAGAUGGUUCAAACGGGAAGGAGAAUGGGGGUCAAUAUACAAGAUGGAACAUACACGCCCCUCCCACGCCCACCUUUCGUUACGACCAACCAUUGAAUGGGCCACUACAGCAAUACAGACAGCGUAGCCUUCAGCAGCAAAGACAGGCCAUUGUAGAUAAAGCUCUUGACCCCGGUUUGAUAUAUGCGUUGUCAGGAGCUGCAGGUCCCAUGAUUAACCCUGAUCAUAACGGCUACUUCCCCCCAUAUUACGACAACAACAAUAAUGCUGGCGAUGGGUUGUGGCAGAUGAACUCCGCUGCCCCGACACCCCCCGUCCCAACCAACCCAUUCCCGAUGAGUCAGUUGUCCUCAUGGCGACGAUCCAAACUCAACCAAGCCAUAACCAACGCUGUUGCGCAAUCCAUGCAGCCAUUACAAUAUAACCAAGCUAAUGGUGGCAUGCGAGGCCGUGGCAGGGGGGUGCCACACCGCGGGGAGGUGCCACACUCUAUGCCCAUGGUAGAGAACCUGUGCGAGCCGAUGCAAAAAUUAUUCAUGUCUCAAUACGCUGAGCAAGCUCGCCACCCACCCCAACCUUAUGAGAAGCUGAAUCGAACCAUCGACGAAAACUCUAAUGUUGUCCCAUUCCCACAAGGAUGAAGAACAAUUCGAUCUGGAAAUAUAAGAUCUUCACUGUUUACGACCUUUCAAACAAUUUAAAACUUGUCGACCGCGUUUAUUUCUGCACAACAAUGAUGGCAAUUGUGCCACAACUUGGAUAUUUGGAUUUGUUUGUUUGCGAAGAAACAGUAAUUCUGUAUUUGUUGCCUCGAAGCAUUUGUUCGUAUCAUUAUAAUGCAACAAAUGUGAGAUUAUGAAGUUAUGGCUGCCAGUAAGCUAUGCAUCAGAUAACUGAGCAACGCCUUAGUUUGCAACAUCCUAUUGAACUUGUUGCUUUUGGUUUCAAACGUGUUGCGUUAAAAUGCUUCAAUUCAGCACCUGAUCCUAAUUUGUUGUUUUCUGAAGGGAAUAUGUUGUGUUAUGCUCCUGAGUGCCCCCGUGUGGAUUACCACCAAUGUUUUUGUUUCGCAGUUGUCAAGAUGGUUCACCCAAAAGUUAAUUAAGCUGUGUUCAUUUACAAUAAAUUGCCGGCAAAGUUUGAA